CUGCUUCUUUGUGGUUAUCAAAUUUGUCAACGAUUUUAUAAACAAGGAAGUACGUCGUUGGUUUAAACUUCAGUUUGGCCAGGUGCUCACCUACAUAAUUAUAUAUAUGAAAAGCACGCACGACCAGGUCGCCAGUUGAGUCGCUGUGGUUCGUGGUCAAGUGUGGCUGUGAAAAUGUGGAAACGGCACUGCUGCCUCGUCUCCAUAGCCGUGCUAUGCAUCUUUGUGGGCCUGGGGAAUGCCCUGCACCAAGCGUAUGCUAAUGUCGAAGUCGAAGGUCGCCCAGACCAGUUGGCCAAACUGCCAGGGGAGCUGAAGUUCGUGCAUGUGAUAUUCCGCCACGGCGACAGAACGCCAGUCGAUCCGUAUCCCACGGAUCCCUGGAAUAACCUGAAGUUCUGGACCACAGGAUGGGGUCAACUAACAAACCUGGGCAAACAAGAGCACUACGACCUAGGUAAAUGGCUGCGGAAACGUUACUCCUCGCUGCUCAGCUCAAGGUACUCCAACGAGGACAUCUUUGUGCAAUCCACCGAUGUUGAUCGUACCCUAAUGAGUGCUCAAUCGAAUUUGGCUGGACUCUACGAGCCGCAAGGCGAAGACAUUUGGAAUCCCGCCAUUAAAUGGCAACCCAUACCCGUUCACACCACGCCCGAGAAGGAUGAUCCCAUACUGGCGGCCAAGGCUCCAUGUCCUGCCUACGAUUACGAGCUGGCCUCCUUGGAAUCCUCGCCAGAGUUUGUGGCUCUCGCCGAUAAAUACAGGGAUCUCUUUGAAUACCUUAGCGAGAAAAGCGGACGCAGUGUUAAGACGUUCCUCGAUGCUUCGUAUUUGAAUAACACACUGUUUAUCGAGAGCCUGUACAACAUGUCACUGCCGGAAUGGACUAACAAGGUGUACGGUCACGAGGAGCUCACAUAUGCGGCAAACUUUGCAUUUGCCAUCAAUACGUAUACCCGCAAGCUGGCCAGACUGAAGACGGGUCCGUUGCUGAAGGAUAUUUUCCAGCGAAUCGAUGAUAAGGCCACUGGACGCCUGCAGCCCGAUCGUUCCAUGUGGAUCUACAGUGCGCAUGAUACGACAAUAGCCAAUGUUCUCAACACCCUGAAAGUGUUUGAACUCCACAGUCCCCCCUACGUGGCGUGCAUUACGGUGGAGCUGCGGAUAGAUGACCACAACACGCCAUUGGUUUCUGUCUUUUAUAAGAACACAACAGCAGAACCUCUUCCGUUGGACAUUCCCGGCUGCGGACCGUCAUGUCCGCUUAAGAAAUUGACUGCACUGUAUCAGGACGUCCUGCCCUUGGACUGGGAGCGUGAGUGCAAACGCUCCACGAUGAUGAUGACCUACGAGGAGGCGAAUCUGGGAGCGGCGACGGGCAUUCUCAUAUUGAUUAUUAUCGCUCUGCUGCUGGCCAGCUAUGGCCUUAUGAUCUACUAUCGGCGUCGCAACUACAAGCUGUAUACCUCAUACUCGCAAAUGGCCUAACCUUAGGUGGGCCCUCAUGAACUCGGAGAUUAGAGCGUCGUUAUUUACCUGCUCCUCUCUACUUGCCAAAGUGAUUUGUUUUCUUUUCUCUCUGUGCAUCCUAUGAGUAUCCUAUGGCCAAGUUAUUUUUUAUAUAUUAAUUAGUUACAUAGGCGUAACAUUGUGCAUUUGAUACACACAUGUUUUUUGUUGGCAUUUAAAUGGAAGGAUAACUGUUUUGUUGUUAUCCAGUGAAAUAUAUGGAAUAGAAAGACUGUGAAUUGGCGAUCUUGAAGUUGCAUACAUACAUAUACAUAUAUAUAUAUACAUACAUAAAAAUAUUUAUACACAUCCAUAUAUACAUUUUUUUAUGAAACCUUGUAUGAGAAAUUUACUGUAUUAAAAAUGCUCAAAUCAUCUA